AUGGCGUCUCCAGACAAGAGCCUGCAUCUCAACAUGCCCACGAUGCCCCCGCCGAUGCAUUCGCGCGGCGGCAGCGACCUGGGCGAGCGGCCUCUGACUCCCACCUCUCCACGAUACCAGAACCACAAUGCGCAAGCCUUCAUCUCGCCUGCCCAGACGCCACAGGGCAGUCCCAGCAAGAAUCGCAUGCCCCCUGGCGCCUUCGAUCUGCCCGACGUCUUUUCCAAUGCCAUGAAAUUGUUGCCCACUCUGGGCUCUCCUUCGAAAAGUCCCAGGAACCAAGAUCACAGCCCCACACGCAAGGGCAACAAGGAGAACACGCCGCCAACUCGUCCUGGCGCUCAGCAACAAGACCACGUCAGCCAGGCUGCUGCUUCUAGGCAAAGCCAGUACCGCCCGCAAGACGAGCCCCUGAGCAGACAACGAAGCGUCAUCUCGGGCGGCCUGACACAAGAGGAGAUCGAGAAGCUGCAGAAGCCGACAGUGAAGCGUCUGGCCAAUGUCACCCAGCUUUACUUCCUCGAUCAUUACUAUGACCUCCUUAACUACGUCUCGACCCGCCAAAAGCGCACCGAUCUCUUCCACGCACACAAUCCUCCACCGCCACAGACGCCCAAUGCCGAAUACCAAUCGAAUAUGCAGCAGUACCUCGGCCGCGAACGCGCAAAGCUCCGCGCGAGACGCACCCGUCUCAACCAUGGCGACUUUGCCAUUCUCACCCAGGUCGGCCAGGGUGGCUAUGGUCAGGUUUACCUGGCGCAAAAGAAGGACACACGCGAAGUCUGUGCCUUGAAGGUCAUGAGCAAGAAGCUGCUGUUCAAGCUUGAUGAAGUGCGCCACAUCUUGACCGAGCGUGAUAUCCUGACAAGUGCAAAGAGCGACUGGCUGGUACGUCUGUUGUACGCCUUCCAAGACGACUCCAGCAUCUACCUUGCCAUGGAGUACGUCCCCGGCGGUGAUUUCCGCACUCUUCUCAAUAACACCGGUGUUCUGCACAACCGCCAUGCCCGUUUCUACAUCUCCGAAAUGUUCCUUUGCGUCGACGCUCUGCAUCAACUCGGCUACAUCCAUCGCGAUCUCAAGCCGGAGAACUUCUUGAUCGAUAGCACCGGUCACGUCAAGCUCACUGACUUCGGUCUAGCUGCUGGUUUCCUGGCUCCAGCCAAGAUCGAGAGUAUGCGCAUCAAGCUCGAGGAGGUCGGAAACAUGCCCCGCGACGCCAUCCCCUUUGGCAGGCCCAUCGAGGAACGCACGCUCAAGGAGAGAAGAGAUGGAUACCGCAGUCUGCGUGAGCGUGACAUCAACUACGCAAAGAGUAUCGUUGGAAGUCCUGAUUACAUGGCGCCCGAAGUGCUCAAGGGCGACGAGUACGACUUUACUGUCGACUACUGGUCUCUUGGUUGCAUGCUGUUUGAGGCUCUUGCUGGUUACCCACCUUUCGCGGGCGCUACAGUCGACGAGACAUGGCAGAAUCUCAAGCGCUGGUCGUCGGUCCUACGCAAGCCCGAAUACGAGGAUCCAAACUACUUCUUGUCGCGCCGCACAUGGGAUCUCAUUACUCGCCUCAUCUCCGGCAAGAACCAGAGGCUGCGUGGUAUGUCGCAGAUUCGGGCACAUGCCUACUUUGCCGAAGUUCGCUGGGAGCGUCUGCGCGAAGAGCGUGCUCCCUUCGUCCCCGAGCUUGACAGCGAGACUGAUGCAGGCUAUUUCGACGACUUCGAGAGUGAGAAGGACAUGGCCAAGUACAAGGAGGUCAAGGACAAGCAAAAGGCGCUCGAAGAGAUGGCCGAGAGAGAUGAAAAGAUGGGCCGCAACCUGUUUGUCGGCUUCACUUUCAAACACCGAAAGCCUGCUGUCGACGAAAAUGGCGAACGCACCAGCCCUCGCAAGCCUCUCCCUCAAGUCGACGAGGACUUUGGCACCAUCUUCUAG